AUGGCAGCAAAUUCACUAAGCCAUCACAACAAGUCUCUUCCUCUGAGCAAUUCUUCCCAGUCUGUUAAGAAGGCCACAAAGCUCAUAGCUCCAAUUCUCUUCUUCUUUGUACUGUUGCAGCAUUCUGCUUAUGUGUUUCCUCUGUUCCUUGAACUUUCCAGCACAGUUGUGGACAAGAAUUACAUGUUCAUCGUUUGCAAUGGGAUCUUGGUACUGAUUGCCAAGAGUUCUGGUCUGAUUGGGAACGGGGAGAAGAAGAAAGCAGCAGGAUUUGAUCAAGAGAUGGAAGAUAAGCAGAAACUGGAAGAGGUAGAAGAAGAAGAAGUGAUUGCAGAAGGUGAAAGGAGAGAGGAAGAGGGUAAAGAUUGCAGCUUUAUUAUGGAAGAGGCGAUUUCAGAAGGUGGAGGGGUGGAAAAGGUGGCUAAAGAUUGCAGCUUUAUCACAGAAGAAUUGAUUUCUGAAGGUGGAGGGGUGGAAAAGGUGGAUACAGAUUGCAGCUUUGCCACAGAAGUAGUGAUUUCAGAAGGUCAAAGGGAAAAGGAGGAGGAUAAAGACUCGAGCUUUAUCGCAGAAGAAGUUGAGGGUUUUGAUUAUGAACAAGGAGAGCAUGGAAAUGGGUUGCUGAGUAGUGAAGAAUUGCAGAGGAAAUGCGAGGAUUUCAUUAGAAAGAUGAAAGCUGGGAUCAAGUUUGAAGCUCAACAACAGCAGCAGCUCAUCAUGGUUCAGUGA